AUGGACAGCGAAGUUCCGCUGCCUCCGCCGCGGCGAAUCCGGCACCGUUCGCCGGCGCGCGCGGGCACCUCCCCCUCGAGCUCAAUCGCAUCGUCGUUCCGGAAGGCGCGUCGGUUGUCGCGUUUCGAUGACCGCUCGAGCCAGCCAUCGAGCGAUCCUGCGCUCUUCUCGAGUGAUGAUAUUCCCGCGUCCGGGCUGGAGAAUUACAAUGCGCCUGUGACUGGCGGGGCUGGGCGCAAGCGGCGAUAUCGUGGGACCUGGUGGGGUGAACAGGUUAUUGAUCCCAAGAGGAAGAGGGCCGAUUUCAAAGAGAAGCGCCAGGUAGACAGCGGUGUGUGGAUGGGGAGCGAUGAAUCUACGGCUGAGUCGCUUUUGCCUUCGGAGGAUGCGUCGGCCUGGGGUGAGGAUCUCCUGAAGACAGUACUUGAUCCGAAAGCGACAGGCAAAUAUCCCCAGGGCCUCGCUCUGCCGAAGGCGACCGCGGCGCCGGUGUUACCUCUACCGAUUUGGAAAGGGCUGCACGAGUCGGAGCAACACAAGUUUGCGAGAGCGGUUGUGAAUGACUGCCUCGAGAAGGGGGAAGACAGCAUUGACCUAGGAAACUUUGAUUUGAGGGAGAUUCCUCCAGGUCUGCUUCAGCCACUGCAACAUUUGACGAAGUUGCCCUCGGUGAAGGAGGCUCCGCUCUCUGAGAACGCCUAUAGCUCUCUGCAGCCUUUUCUCCGCGUAUACCUUUCCGGGAACUCAUUGACGACGCUCAACAACGAGCUCUUUGAGCUCGGUGAUCUCAAGGUCCUCAGCGUGCGGAACAACAAGCUGUCAGAGAUACCGUAUACAAUUCAGAAGUUGGCUGCGUUGGAAGUCCUCAAUGUCUCAGUCAAUCUACUCACGCACCUCCCAUGGGAGCUGCUACGGCUCCUCCAACAUGGUGAACUGAAACAUUUGACCGCAUUCCCGAACCCAUUCCCAUCAAUUGAGGAAGGCGAAAUCACCAAAUGGCACCGUCAACCAAGGAAGAGCCAGGAGAAUGGAAAGCCUGAGACGUCUCUGGAAGACCAGCUGAGAUUCGACGAAUAUGAGGGCUCUCCUCCCAAAAAUGCUUGGGCUACGAUCCACGUAGCUACGAGUCCGAUAACCCGACGAGACAUGGAGGGAAACCCGAUCGACGAUGGCUCAGCUUCUGUUGUGACACCCGUGGCAUUGCCACCAUCAAGCUCCACGCCAAGCGCUCCAUCACUGCGCGAGCUCGCCCUCCGGGCCGUGUGCAAGCUACCGGGUCUCGAACAAGUCACCGAUGACGAGCUAGACGACUUCCCCUCGCUGGUGGCUCCAUUGAUGUAUCAAGCCAGGAAGAUUCGCGCUGCUGGUGGCCAGCGCUGCUCGGUGUGUCAGCAUGAAUACGUGGUCCCUCGCACGUCAUGGCUGGAAUGGUGGGACUGCACGCCUCAUGAGAGCGGUAUGAAGAGGCCCCGGACCUCUGGAGAGAAGCUUCGUCCUCUGCCAUUCCAGCGACAUGGCUGCAGCUGGGCUUGUGUUCCCCGCUUGCAGAAUAUAUGA